UGUGUCAUAGUAAAGUAGUGACUCACACAUUGUUUUGGCAAGGGCGAAUAAUGGACUAAAGACAGUAACUAGGUGUGAACAUAUUCCAAUUAAAACAUAGAUACAGAAAAGACAUAAUUAAAAAAGAUAAAAUGAAAUGAAAAAUAAACUUAAAUAUUUAUUAUUAUUAUUAUUAAGGAAACAGAUGAAAAAAAAUUCCUCUGCAAGGUUCUGAAAACUGCUAUUAUAUUUUAUUGAAAGUAGUUAAUAUCCCCAUAACCCCCCACACUAAUAAUUCUCCCAUAAAAUUCCAUAUUCUUGUCACUUAUGCAUAAUAACUGAAGGUGGGUUUUAAGGUGGAUUGAUAAUAAUGUACUGAUAUAAUCUCCCCUAGUGAGUCACAUUUCACUAUUUAUUGCAGAGAGUUUCGUUUUCGUAGUUUGUAAACAGAAACUGUCAGUCGCUCAGCUGCUGCAUUUCCCCUCUCUCAGUGCAGGCGUGUCCGGCAGCUGUCUAUUUAAGAAGCAUCAGCGUCCACUGUGCAAACAGAGCCAAGCGUAAUACGGUUAGUAUGAAGAUGAUCCUUUCCUCUGUGGUCGUACCUCCGAAGCUGCUGCUGCAGCUCUGCCUCAGCACCCUGCACCUCAUCUUUGUGAGCAUCUUUUCAACAGUUCGGCGCUGGACAGCAGGAGACUGCAACGGAACAAACUCGCCUGACAGGGCACUGGACGGAAGUAAAGUCCAGACAACAACUCCAACAAGUGUCAACUAUCAUUUUACACGCAAGUGUAAUUAUAAAUGUGGAUUUUGUUUCCACACUGCAAAAACAUCCUUCGUCCUGCCUCUAGAAGAAGCCAAGAGGGGCCUCAAACUUCUGAAGGAAUCAGGCAUGGAAAAGAUCAACUUUUCAGGAGGAGAGCCUUUCUUGCACGAAAAGGGAGAGUUUCUGGGGAAAUUAACUCAGUACUGCAAACAGGACCUGCAGCUCCCCAGUGUCAGCAUCGUCAGCAAUGGAAGCAUGAUCAAAGAAAAAUGGUUCCAGAAAUAUGGUGACUUUCUGGACAUCUUGGCCAUUUCCUGUGACAGUUUUGAUGAUGCAACCAACCAGAUGAUCGGGAGAGCUCAGGGAAGGAAGAGCCACCUUGACAACCUCUACAAGAUUUGCAACUGGUGCAAGCAGUAUAAAGUGGCGUUCAAAAUCAACUCGGUCAUCAACACCUUCAACAUUGAUGAAGACAUGACAGAGCACAUCAACGAGCUCAACCCAGUCCGCUGGAAGGUAUUCCAGUGUCUGUUGAUUGAUGGGGAGAAUGCAGGAGAGGCAGCCCUUAGAGAGGCAGAGAGGUUCGUCAUCAGCGACCAGCAGUUUCAGGAGUUCCUGGGUAGACACAGCGGCGUCUCCUGCCUUGUCCCUGAGUCCAAUGAGAAGAUGAGAAACUCCUACCUAAUCCUGGAUGAAUAUAUGCGUUUCCUGGACUGUCGAGAGGGAAGGAAGGACCCAUCCAGGUCCAUCCUUGAUGUGGGAGUAAAAGACGCCAUUUGCUUUAGUGGCUUUGAUGAAAAGAUGUUUCUGAAGAGAGGAGGGAAAUAUGUGUGGAGCAAAGCUGACAUGAAGCUUAACUGGUGAAAUUCUGCCAUCCACGUUUUGAUUUGAGCGAUUGCACUAAUAAUUUGUAGUUGUGAAUGUUUGUAUCUUUAUUUUUGUCUAUUACUUUUAUAACUCACCAUUCUGCUUGAGAUUUUUGAAAAAGCAGUGGAAUUUUAAAUAUUUUUUGGAAGGUGUCCUGUUUCAUUAAAGAUAAGCACUGUUGUUUCAUUGCACUGUAAAUGUGGAAGCUUGUGACCAAAUUAAAUGUAAUAAAACAUAUUUUAGAUUUAAAAAAAUAUUAAAAAGUGGUUUAUCUUCAUUUUUGCAUUUUACACUGAUGUGAUUUGAUGCCAAGGUCCACUACAUAUAUACUGUUGCCCAUAAAGUUGGAAUAAUUUUGUUUUCAGACACAGCUCUCUGUUUAUUUCUAUUA